UUCUCCCCAGAGUUGACUUUACAAUAUUCAGUUGACGACAAAAAAUGGCGUCUCGUAGCCAUGUGGAUAUCAAUGAAAGACGUUUACGACCAAUUUAUGAUUGUUUGGAUAAUGGGAAUAACAAAAAAGCUAUCCAAGAAGCGGAUAAAGUCUUGAAAAAACAGAAGGAUCUCACAUGUGCAAAGGUUCUUAAAGCUCUUGCGCUGCUGAGAAUGGGCCGUCACGCUGAAGGUUCAUCUCUCCUUUCAACAAUACACCAGUCUGAGCCAACAGAGGAGCAGACAUUAAAUGCCAUGUCAAUAUGUUACAAGGAAACUCAACAGUAUGAUAAAAUUGCCAGUUUGUAUGAUGCUGCCAGUAAACAGCAACCCAACAAUGAGGAUAUCCUGUCCUGUUUGUUUAUGGCUCACGUCAGAUUGGGGAACUACCAACAACAACAGAGAACUGCUAUGCAACUUCACAAGUUGAGGCCAAAAAAGAAUCCAUACUAUUUCUGGGCAGUCAUGAGCAUUGUCAUGCAGGCCUAUCAAAAUGAACAACUUGGGAAAACUAUGUUUCUUCCACUGGCAGAAAAGAUGAUUAAAAAAUACAUCCAGGAAGAUAAAAUUGAAGCGGAAGCUGAAAUCCACUUGUAUUUAAUUAUCUUGGAGUUACAACAGAAUUGGACAGAAGCUUUACAGGUAUUGGAAGGGCCUCUUGGAGCCUUUCUAGGCAAUGAGCUUCACUCUAAAGAAACAAGAUUGGCUACUAUUUGUUCUAAAUUGUCUAAGUGGGAUCGAGUCAGUUCUAUAUAUAAACAGCUCCUGGAUCAAAUGCCUGACAACUGGGACUUUUGGUUAAAAUAUCAAGAAGCAGUCUUUCAUUUAGUUGAAGAUAGUUACACAGAUAUGAAACAGGAGCCCAGUAGUGAUGACAGCACCCCCAAUACACAUGCUCAUCUAGAGGCCAUGCAGAAAUUUAUUGAGGACAAGAUUCAGUCUAUGCAAAAUGGUGUCAUGAUGCGUGGACCUUACCUGGCAGAGAUAGAAUUUGUGAAACAAAUUUCUAUACGCAAGUUAACAACAACUUCUAUAAAUCAAAAAAGUGCCUUAGAGUUAUUGCAAGAAUACUUUCAGCAUUUUGGUAACAAGUCAAGUUGUUACAAUGACAUCAAACUCUAUUUAGAUCUUUUACAAGCACAGGAAUUGGAUCAGCUGGUGGAGUUUAUGAAGUCUGACACAGGAUUAGAGAGCUCUGAUGGAUCUUUGAUCUAUGCAAGAGAUGUGAAUCAGCUGACAAAACAUCUGGUGUACCUCCAGUUGACUAGAACAAUGGGGAAACAUUCUCUUCUCUCCAUACAGGAAGCACUAGCUCUGUCUCAGGAACUACUGCUGCGCUAUAGAGAUGGCUUGCAAUUUGGUAAAGAACUUCUGCCUACAGAUAUUCAGUAUAGUGAUAAUUAUCUUUUAUUGGCUGUGCAUCUUCUGCUAGAUGUUUGGAGCAAAACAAAAGAUGAUGUUCACUUAUGGAGGGCAAUAGUUCAUCUUGAGUUGGCCAUCAGAGAUAGUGUUUCCAAUUAUCAAAUCAAACUUUUACUUAUUAGACUUUACUGCAGGAAAGGUGUGUUUGGCCCAUGUCCAGCUCUCUAUGAUGGUAUGGAGAUUAAACAUAUUAUGAAUGACACUUUAGGGCACAUUGUAUCCAAUGAUGUCAUCAGACUUGGCCACUUUAUGGAAGCUGGGACAAUGUAUGCCACCAUGGUCAGAUUUUUUGUGGUCAACCAAAAAGAGGCAUCAGAACAUCUAAUGUCCUCCUACAAAUUUGGUUCCUUUGGAAGAAUUCAUGAGUUUGUCCAGUUUCAAGAAAGAUUGGACAACUCCCUACAGUACCACACUGCUAGUACAGAGAAAAUGUUACUGGAACUCAUUAUGCAAACAGAUCGCCAUGAAUCCACCGAGGCAGCAGCGGAUGGCAUGAAUGUACAUCCGCUGACUGACAAAACCAUUGAUCUUUCAAAACUGUGUGAUAAUAGAGAUUUAACACUAGCUCUAGCCUGGGACCCACCUGAGCUAUUAUGUGCUACAGAAAACAGACAAAAAUCAUUUGAGGAAGAAAAGUCCUGGCUACUUCUCCGUUGGACUUUACUGCAUGUUUUAUUAUUAGCUGUGAUGGUUGGCCAGGAAAUGGCUGGCGUUGGUGUUGUCAAUGGCAAUGAGGAAAACACUGAAAAGAAGUCUCCCUUAAAGUUAUUGCGACAACGUGCCAAAGAUUUGCAGAAUUGUGUCCAGCAGUGUCAAGGUCAUAAACAACCAAACCAGUACCAUGUAGUACAAGGUCCUUCUAGAACCAGACUGGCUGAGUUUGUGAGUGGACCACACAUUACUGCUGUCACCAGUGUGAUAGACUGUAUAGAAUAUGUUUAUAGUUUGAGUCAGUCAGGACUAGAUGAGUGCCCAGAUGUGAAGGUUUGGGCUCUAGUGAAAGACAGUACACAAAAAUUGGUUUUAAAAGAUGUUCAGGGACUACUGAAAGAUUGUGAUGGUAAAAGGCAGCUAGACUCAUUAGCUUUAGAACAAUUAGUGGCUUCUGUAGAGAGUGUAUCUUACAUAACUAUCAUGCUGGGAGUGUGUAGCAAAGGGUUAAAGAUCUUGAAAAAUGAUUGGUUGAAAAAAUUCAAGAAAAACAAAGCUUCACACAAUUCGCAGCCAGAGAUAUUUGACAAAUUUAAUCAGCUGAUCCUUGAUGUGUCAGCCUCUACCAAAGAACUUCAUCAGAUAGCAUCAUGUUUAGACCCAGUCUUUUCUUCCCUGGAUAUUGCCUCCCUUAGACUUGCAGACAUUCCAGAUGAAGAACAGAUUCAGCGGGAAGCUGAGCGCCUGGUUUGGACCAAAGUUGAGAGCAGCGUCCAGCAAUCUUCUGGGGAAAUCUGUGAAGUCCUUCACCACAAACAAUUUUAUCUGAACACCUUGAUGCUCUGAUCAUGUACUGACUCAGUAUUAGGAGAGAGACAUUCAUGCAAGAAGCCAAAUUAUUGUAUAGAAAAUUGUUUUAGUCUUGAAGUUUGUUGUGAUGCGAGAAUGGAAACAUUGAACAAGUAUUUGCAUUGAUCUACACUACAUUUCAUGUUUUAAUGGUUUUUACCCCACUCUUGUUAUAGUUAAAUGUGUUCUGUGGUAACAUCUAAUUCCAAGCCAUGGUUUUACCAUAAUAAUGACCAUCCAUCUUGACUUGUUCUAGAAAAAUUUGGGCAUGUUAAGUUUAGUCUUGCCAUAUACUCAUAAUAGUAUUUGACUGUACUUUUUGACUUUAGUUGCCUUUAAUCAAAUCAUGGCCUUCUCCUCCAGAGAAAUAUUUGACAAGUAGAGUUUUUAUCUUGUCUCUUGUUUUGGUUGUCAUUUGUUCUCCCCACAAACUGACACAAGGGCACAUAACUAACAAAGUGUAUUGGUUCUGCUUAGCCAAUAUUUAUCUCUUUACAGGUUUAUUAUAUUGUCACUUAUUGAGCUACAAUUUGCUUGUCAGGUCAAUAUGACAUUAAACAAUUUGGGGAAGCCAUAUAGUCUUGCCUCAGUUAAAAUAAAUUCAUCGAGACUUAAUAGUCUCAGAAUGUAUUACUCAGCCAAAAGUUAGUAAAAAUUGUGUCAAGAGUAAGUUAAUUAAUAUUCUUUGACAGUGUAAUAAAUUAAUAGUCUUUGACAGUGUAAUAAAAAUUCUCUAGUUUGUUGAAUGUGAGAAUCUCUGACCUUGACCUGUAUGUCUGUACAGUUUUGAAUGCUUGGAGUUGUGAAACUGAUGUAUGCAUCAGUCAUCUCUGAUCUUGACUUGGACUGUAUGUCUGUACAGUUGAAUGCUUGUCAGAGCUAAGUAUUAUGAAUCACUAACAAAUCUUCACUCACAGAUUGAAUGAACCAAUGGUCUGUCUUCUUGGCCCACUUGUGUUUAAUUUCAUUGUAAUGUAACUUCAAUAUUGAUGUAAAUAAUUAGAAUACAUGAAUUCAGUGCAAAUGUAAGUAUUGACUAGUAAAUUAUUUUGUAACUGUCUCUCAUGUGUACAACUGACCCUUUAAAGCCAUCGUUAUCAAAUUAUGUGCAACUCUCUUUCUUGUGAGCACUGCCUGGAUUUGUACAAGAUACACAAAUAAAUUUUUAUGAUUUCUU